AUGUCCGCCCCAAAGAUCAUCCUCUACACCAACCGCCUGUGCCCCUGGGCCCACCGUGCACACAUUGCCCUCAAGGAAAUCGGCCUCGACUAUGAAGAAGUCACAAUCGACCUGAACACUCCCCGCGAGCCGUGGUACCUUGAGAUCAACCCUCGCGGCCUCGUCCCCACCAUCUCCUACAACGGAGAGAUAAUUCCUGAAUCCGGCAUCGUAGCCCAAUUCCUCGCAGACGCACACCAAACCCACCUCCUCCCCCCAUCCACAUCACCCGCAAACGCCCUUUACCGCGCGCGUCUUGCGUUCUUCGUCGAUGCCUUCUUCAGCAAGGUCGUCCCUCAUCUAUUCGCCGGUGUCCGCGCCGCCAAUGAGGCCGAGCGUGAUGCCGCCGCCGAAGAGCUCGUCGCUGCUGUUGCGAAGGAGGUUGAGCCCCUUCUGGCAGACACGGAGGGCAAAGGCCCGUUCUUUGGUGGUAGUGAUAAGUUGACUCUGGCGGAGGUUCAGUCGGGCUCGUUCUUGUUGAGACUUUUGAGCUUCGCGAAGCCUGAGCAUGGUCUGCUUUCUGCUAAGUUGACUACUUUGCUGGAGCAGACUCCCAGGUUCAAGCGCUGGGCUGAGGCAACGGCUGCACAUGACAGUGUUAAUUUCAUUUAUGAUGAGAAGCCUGUGGCGGAUAAGAUGAGAUCUAAGUUUGCGCCCGCGGCCAAGGUUUAG